AUGGCACCAGGGACGUGGAACUUCAAAUAUAUGGAGAGUCCGGAUAAACUGAAGGUUGCUUUUGCACACGGAAGUACAUCAAAUGACACUGAAGAUGUGCAAUCCAGAGGAUCUAAAAGCACACAAAAGCAUGUCUUAAUAAAAAGCAACAAAAUGUCCCCCCUCAGCCAAUGGAUGAUGCAGACUCUGCCAAGCACAGGGAAUUCGACUUUACUGGGAUUUCCAUAUUCCUCGCCAGCCUCUUUCUCCAAACAGGAUCUUUGGGAUUGGUUAGGAAAUGUAUCAGAUCAACGUGAAGACGCCCAGUCCAGAGUCAAGAGACGACCAAUUGUUAAAACUGGGAAAUUUAAGAAAAUGUUUGGCUGGGGCGAUUUUUACUCAAACAUCAAAACCGUGAAAUUAAACCUGCUCAUCACUGGGAAAAUCGUGGACCAUGGAAAUGGUACGUUUAGUGUGUACUUCCGCCACAAUUCCACUGGCCAGGGAAAUAUAUCAGUUAGCCUUGUGCCACCUACAAAAGCGGUCGAAUUUGACCUGGCUCAGCAAACAAUAAUUGACGCCAAAGAUUCAAAAAUAUUUAACUGCCGCGUCGAGUAUGAAAAAAUUGACAGAGCAAAAAAGACUGCACUAUGUAAUUAUGAUCCAUCCAAAACUUGUUACCAGGAACAGACCCAAAGCCAUGUGUCCUGGAUCUGUUCCAAACCCUUUAAGGUCAUAUGUAUCUACAUUUCAUUUUACAGCACAGACUAUAGACUGGUGCAGAAGGUGUGUCCCGAUUAUAACUACCACAGUGACACUCCCUACUUUCCGUCUGGAUGA